GAUACUGGAGGGGCCUGGGUUGACUCCGCAGUCAGGGAGAUGGUUGCUGCCACCCGCCUGCAGUUCUACCGCCGAGGGGUGGACUGUCGCUGGCACUGCUCUGGGUGUUGGCACACGAAUAUGUCAGUCAAGGGACUGCCCGCGCCGGCCGAUGGCAGGAUUGCGGCGUACCUCGACGCUCUUGGAAACACCCCACUGGCAGACCUCCUGCUGGUCCCGACGGGCCCGCAUGACCCCGCCCACACACGCACCACCAUCCCUGUCUUCCGCACCAUAGACGACAGGUUCGACAGGAAUCUCGGCUGUGGCCUGUGGAAGUGCCAAUGCGAUCGCUGCCCCAGCGACGCUCCAAUGAAGCAGUUGCCGUGUGGAGACGCCACUCAGGGCAUGUUCAUCUUCCGUCCCGGGAAGAAUGUGCAGCUGCAGCUGCUCAGCGGCCUUCCGCUCCCCAGCGAGCGUGCGCGGGCCUUCGCCAACAUGCA